UCGCAAUAUGUUUGGUGCGAGAUGUUUACAGCCUUUUAACCGUCAAGUCGUAUAUAGACCAAGGCUUGGAAGGACGAUUAAGCUCACCACCAAGCAUCUACACAAGCAUCCUUCACUUCCACAUUCACUUCUCCACUACCAAUCAACGUUCUUUUACAACAAACCCACUUUUCCAACCUUCCAAUCUUCAAAAUGGUUGCAUUCAGCUCUAUGGUCCUCGGCCUCACCGCCAUUGCUGGCUCUGCCUUUGCCGCACCCACUGCCGAUGUCCCUGACUUCGAGCUCAGCCCCGUCCAGGGCAAGAGCCUCUCCGCCCGCCAGGACUACAACCAGAACUACAAGACCUCUGGCAACGUCCAGUUCAGCCCCACCAACAACGGCUACAGCGUCAACUUCUCCAACGCCGGCGACUUCGUCGUUGGAAAGGGCUGGAACAAGGGCACGACCCGCAAGAUCAACUUCCAGGGCUCCACCCAGCCCCAAGCCGGAACCGUGCUCGUCUCCGUCUACGGAUGGACCACCGGCCCCUUGAUCGAGUACUACAUCCAGGAGUACACCAACAACGGUGCUGGUUCCGCCCAGGGCACCAAGAUGGGCCAGGUCACCUGCGAUGGCUCCGUCUACGACAUCUGGAAGCACACCCAGGUCAACCAGCCUUCCAUCCAGGGCACCACCACCUUCACCCAGUACAUCUCCAACCGUGUUAACAAGAGGCCCGGCAGCGGCACUGUUACCACCAAGUGCCACUUCGACGCCUGGGCCAAGCUCGGCAUGAACCUCGGUCAGCACAACUACCAGACUCUUGCCACUGAGGGCUGGGGCAACGCUGCUGGCAAGUCCCAGUACACCAUCACCGGCUCAUAGAGUGUUG